AUGCCCAGCUCCAGGUUCCUUGCGCACCGGACACCCCAAACCUCUCUUAUCUUCAAAGAUUAUACAGGUCACCAGAUGGGUGGAUUGUUUCCGGUGUCAUGGAGACCACACGAUUUACGUUUCCACUGGACCGUGGACGCUCUCGGACACACUCUAGAGUCUGCUCGGCAGGUUUUCGAGCGUUGUCAUAUCUCAAACUUCGAACAGUUGGGCUCGCUCGGCAACAUAAUUGUGGGAGGUAUGACCGGCCAGCCUCUUAUAUCCAUUAUGGAGAGCAUCGAACAACCGACCAAACACCGGAUAAUUUUGAUGGUUUCUUGGCAUUGGGAUAAAGAUUGCGAUGAAAAAAGGCAGAGCGCACCCAUCUACCGUCUAUUGGGACUAGGCAGCUGGAGAAUGACAAUUCGCCCUGCCAACAAGUGCUGGGUAAACCCAAAAGGAAGCACGAAGGAGAGGAAGAUUCCGGCAAUAGGCGAUCAAAGCGCCUGGCGAACAAGGGAAAAGGUUGACUAUAAGUUUUGA